AUGUAUUUGGAAAGCGGUUGUAAUUAUCAUCACUUACGAAACAAUCGUCAUUUUUGGCCCAGAUAUUUCAGAGAGAAGGAAGACAUAUCAAGAAAAAUAAACAAGACGAAAACAAAAAGCCAAAGAAAGAAAACCUGUGGAGUAUCCUUGAAGUAUCCACAAGUUAAGGGAAGAGUAGUUUACAAUUAUGUAUAUAUAGAAUACUAUACUGGUGGCAAAAUAAUAACAAAACAAAACAAAACAAUUCAUUACACGAUGGAGAGAGAUAACUCUUACAAUUUUCUUUCUGAAGAUCCACCAUCCAAAAGGCAAAGAUUAAAUGAUUCUGCUGGUAAUGGGGAGAACAGUGAUGAUCAUCAACUUGACGUAGUGGAUCCAGAUAUCGUCAACGAUGUUGCGACUACAUUCGCUAAUAGUAUCGAAGCCGCUACAACUAAUGUUACUACUGGCACUACUUCUGCCACUGCAACUGCUAUCGAAGGUACUCAUACCAGCUCAACUCAUGUAAGUAAUACCGAAAAUGCUAAUAUCGAUACGAGUUUAAUGGCUUCUUUCAAUGAACCAGACGAUGAGGAAAGUCAUGAAGUUAGCAACGAUCAUGCUGCACCACAGCAAAACGAUGAAGAAAGAGAGGAGGAAACCUCAAAUGAUAUCGUAGAUGGUACUCUCGAAAAUAAUGACGAUGCUUCUUUCCGGCUCCCUGAAAUGCAUGAACAACAAGAACAAAUCGUGUUCACUAGAAAUGUGGAACAACCUCAUAUAACAUUGCACUUACCAAAAGUAGAUUUAGAGCAAUUGUCUUCCGAAAUAUCUCAAAAUAAAGAUAUUGACGUCCGGUUAUGGAAUUUCCUGGAUUCGUUUUAUGACAAAACCGGCUCCUAUUUCAGUUCUUACGAUUUUAAUGUGGAAUUUUCGUCUAACGAUUUUAAAGUCUCGGUUUCAUCUCCAAUGACAUCAUCAAACAACGUCACUUAUAAUUCUAGCCGGUUCAAUACUAGUGUGAAUGAAGAUGCUAACUCAACGGCUCCUACAUCUGCCGAACUUCUUGAAGGAAUAAUCCAACACCAAUCAGAUCCACAUUUUACUGCUUCUAAUAACAGUUGUAAUAACAGUAACAGUAAUGAUGAUAAUAACCAAGCAAUAUCAAGUAACGCAGCUCUAGCCAUAACAGACAAGAAGGGCACAGUUUUUAAUCCAAUAGAUAUUUCCACAACACCAAUGGAAGUUCAAACACAAUUUGAAGCAACAUUGAAAAUAUCAAAAUUUGGACAAUUUUAUGACAAAAUUUUGAUUAAAUGUUUCAGAUUACCGCAAAGUAAAAAUGUUUUCUUAAAGAAUGGUUAUCAAGUUUGUUUAAUUUGUAAAUUCUGUAAACAUUCUUUAUUAUUAACUUCCAGUUCAACGGGGAAUGCAGCUAAACAUAUAGGUAUUCAUACAGGUAACGAAUUUUUGAGUGUUCCAGACUCUGAUAUCAAAAAAAAUUCUUCACCAUCAGACUCUUCAUUAUCAUCUCCGUCCCCUUCAUCCAAUAAUAAUAGUACCAUUAAUACCAAUAAUUAUCCAAGAAAAGUAUUAACAAAGGCAAUGAUAGUAGGAUCUACCCUAGAAAAACUACUGAAAACUAAAAGAUUUCAACAGUUACGUUAUCAUUUCACAAUGAAUCAAUCAUUAAACUUCUCAUUAGGUUAUAGAUUGAAUAUUUUUGAACAACAAAUUACAAUGAAGGAGCAAGUGACUAUUAAAAGAUAUCUUUUUGAAGUAACUGAAUUAUUUAAAUUGUCAAUUAAAAAUGCGUUACUCCAAUCUUCAUUAGUGUCCAUUACGUUGGGUAUUCGUUCAAACAAUGACAUGACCGACCCAACUAUUUCCUCGUCUCAAUUACCAUCUCAAAAGUAUAUGGUCAUUUUGGCUAAUUUCGUUCCAAAUUUAACUCAAUUAAAACCAAUGAAGAAUAGAUUGGCCAACACCAUGGUUAAGAAUAAUCAUAAUCAAACGCAAUGUAAAGCUGUGUUGGGAGUUAUCGAUGUUUCUAAUCAAGAAUUUCUAAAUAAUUCCUUAUCAAAUAAAAUUUUAGAAAUUUUCAACUAUUAUGGAAUUCAAUCAAAAAUCUUAUCAAUAACUUCAGAGAAUAAUUAUAAUGAAUUCUCAUUAGGUGAUGAACUUUAUCAAAAAUUGGCAACUAAUGCUAACAAUAAGAAAUUAAUCUCAAAUAUUUCAAGUAAAUUUUUUAAUAUUAAUUGUUUUAAAACAACAAUUUCCAUGGUUUUGAAAAACACAUUCCAUAGUUUACAUUUAUUAGAACCAAAAUUAUUUGAUCAAUUAAAUAAACUAUCGAGACAUACCAGAUCCGUUGCAUCAUUGAAAAAUGAAUAUUUAAACUUCGUUAAGAGAUUAUUACCAGUUAGUGACCCUAUGGAACCAAUGAGCCAAUUAAUCUUGUUACAUCGAUUUGUUGAGGAUUGGCCCUUGAUUGAAAAUUUUGCUAAAACAAUGAUCAACUCAUAUCCCAUUGAAUAUGUUGAAAUGUUUAAAUUCUCGACUGACUCUAUUAAGAAAUUGAAAUUCAUUUCCAAAAUUUUGAAUUCCUUUUAUCAAUUAAUCCUUUCAACAAAUUACGAUCAUACGAAUUCCAUCAUUACAACUUUGUAUUCAUCCUACAAUAUUAUAAACUAUUAUAAGGUUUUAAGCAGCAUUAUAGUGACAAAAGUAGUUACUAACGAUGAUAAUGACAUGUUUGGCUUCAUGAUUGAUAAUCCUCUUGACACUGCGGAGAUUGCAAUCAUCCAAUCUAUCUUGGAUAAUCAAUAUAAAUUCCAAAAUUUCUUUAAAAAUUUAUUAUCUGAAAAUCUACUGAUAUCCAUUUGCGAUUUUCUAAAUCCAUUUUCAAAAUUAUCGUUCACUAAACAAUUAACUGAAACUAAUAAUUCUGGGUUGUUAACUAACGCUAGAGUUUUAAGUGACGUUAUCAAUUGGUUACUACAAUAUUCUGAUAUAAUGAAUGAAACUGAAAACUAUUUUCAUACUGUAGAUAACAUUAGAACCAACUCUAGUACUAUUAUUACUGCUCCACAUGACCAACAUUUAGCAAUAAACUCGCGAUCUUUCCCAAUUUUAGUUAGCGGUGUUGACCCACAACACGAAAUUAUAAGAUACUUAAAAGAACCAAUUUCUAUACCACCAAGUUCUGGGUUAGCUGCAACAAAAAGAUAUUUCACAUAUUGGAUGAAAAACAAAAACAGCUUCCCAACUUUAGCUGCCCUAGCUUUACACUUAUUAUAUACCAAAGGUUCAUCAAUUGAUAUUGAUCGUGUUUUCUCAAUGAGUGGGUGGGAAUUUAAUUGGAAAGAACCAAAUGAUGAAAAAAUAGUAGAUAGUAUAGUCACUCUUCGUCAUAAUGAUUCUUUCUUUGAUGUUAAAAGAGGUAUCAGAAGUACUAUUGAUGAUCCACUAUAUUCUUUGAAGUCAUUAUCAACGCAGGGAAACCUUCAAUCAAAUCCAGACCUAAACCUAUAA